AUGAUCACUUUAAUUUUAUUUUGCCUAUUGCCAUCAAGUUUCAGUUAAACAAAAAAUUAACGAUACUUUGAAGUAAUAGCCUUACAAAUUUUUAACACCAAAGAUAUCGUUCCAAAAAAUUUAUCUGAAAAAUAAAAGAUUACCAUUACUCUUGCCUAUGAAGAAGGAGAAAUUCCAAUUUUAGUUAUUUGUAAUAAAUAACCGCAAAUUAAUGAUAUGAUUAGUUAUGAAACAAUUUAAAAGUAAGAAUAUAUUCCAAUUUUAGAGAAAAUUGCAUAAGUGAUAUAAAUGCUUAUGAUUAGAAAUUUUAAAAUCAAUCCAUUUCAUUAAUAAAGAAUUAAAAAUCCUAAGCAUUUCAAAAAAAUUUUAAUAUAUAUUAAUUCUAAAGCUCGAAUAUGUUUGUAGGUGCAUACUCUAAACUCUAGUCAACAUAUUCUAUAUUUGUUUAUAUUUAAUCAUUAUAUAAUUGUGCAAAGUAUUUAUUAAUUUUAAAAUUAGAGAAUGUCAAAAUGGUGGAAGUUGUUUUUAUGGAUUAUGUGAGUGUAUAGAAGGAACUUUUGGUGAUGAUUGUAGUAUAUCUGGAUUAAAUAUCAAAGAUCAAUUAAAGUUAUCACCAGAUAAAUUAUAUUAUUUGAGCUUAUAUUCAGCAGGAUCGACAUUUUAGAGAAUUCUCUCUAAUUAAAUANAUAUUUUAAAAAUCUAAAUACCUUAUUAUAAUAAAUUUUUAGUUCAUACUUGA